UGUCGGUGAUGUGCAGCACAGACAGGAUGCAGUCCUCCAUCUCUAUGGUAACCGUGCGCUGCCUGUUGCUCCUCGGCUCCGCCUCCUCUCCCCUUUGAAACCACACGACAGCUUCAGCUGAGCUGUCAAUCGGCAGCAGCGGCCUUAUCUGUCCGCCGCAGGGGCUGAUGGGAGGUCUGAGGACCUGUUAGAAACCACGCGGCCCUCGUCUGAUCUCGCAGCUCGUCCUUGUUUGGCCUCGGCUGCAUCAGAGCGCCACUUCUCCCCAGGUUCACCAGAGGAAACGCCACUGCACACAAUGCUUUCCCUCCCAGCUGCUGCUCUGUGCUGUCUGUGUUCAGCGCUGGUUGCCAUGGCAGCAGAGCUGAUUCAGGAUGAUUUAACAUGGACCAGGAGAGUUGGUGAAGCUGUCUCCUUCAGCUGUGGAGGAACUGACCAGUGUGAUGACAGUUAUGUAUUCUGGUACCAGAAGAAAGACAAAGAAACAUUCACACUGAUUCUUGAUAUUAAUAGGCGUAAUGGUGACUUAGAUUACAGGUACAAUCAUCCUCAGAAAGAUGAUUUCUCAGCUGUGAAUAAACAGAACGGCUGUGAGUUGAAGAUCCAGAAAGCUAACGUCUAUCAUUCAGCCUCCUACUACUGCUCCUGCUACAGUUAUGGCUACUACAUCUUUGGCUCUGGAACUAAAUUGUAUGUAACAGAUGAGCAGGUGGUGAAGCCCGUGGUGAGCGUGUACCCAGCAGCAUCCAGAGCCCACCUGGAGGGGAAGAGCUCCCUGCUGUGUCUGGCCUCAGCCAUGUUUCCUCCUCUGGUCCAGAUCUCCUGGAAAAGACGAAAGGAGAAUGGUCCUCUGGAGGAUCUGCCCCCUGCUGAGGGAGAGCAGCUGGAGCUCAGAGAGUCGGGACGCACCGCCGCCAUCAGAGUGAUUGAUCGGGAUGCUCUCCACACAUAUAAAUACCGCUGCUACGUCCAGCACGAGGGGGGCACAGUGGAGGCCCAAACAGAACAAGAGGUUCCAGCUCGAGCAUCCUGUCCUCCAGAGAGAGAGCCAGCAGACCUGAGAGCUCUGCAGCAAGCUGACUUGUCCUUCCAGUCUCAGUGCAGGGUGAAGCUGCUCUGUUUGCUGUACACAGGGCUGAUAGUGAAGAGUCUGGUGUACUGCUGUGGACUCUCUCUGCUGAUGAUCCUCAGAAACAAGGGACCGUCCACCAACUGCACACAUGCUGACUGACUGUUUUCUGCUCCCCUUUUCUCACCAUCAAAUCUCAUCAAUUCAUCUCAUUUAUCACUUUGAUCAGCUGUCUGAAAUGUCAAUUAUGACGUGUUGUGGUUGGUUUUUAAAAUGUAGAUUUUUAUGCACAGCUAAUUAUAAAUUCUUUAGUAUACUGUUUAAUAGUUUAUUUCCUCUUUUACUUGUCACUUGUAUAAUAAUAGAAAAUGAAGCUGAAUCAUUAGCUGUCUGGUAGAUAUUUUAUUGUUUAUAGUAUUUUUCUGUUCUCGUGUUUCUUUUUAAUACAUUAUGCAGAGUGAGGCAGGUUUGUCAAAGUAUUUCAGUGUAACAUUCUCAAUAAACUGAAAAAUCACAGUCUGUUUUAUA